CGCCGCUCCUCCUCCGUGUCAGUUGUUGGGCUGUAAUGGCGACUGGGCCGCUGCUGCUGAAGUGACUCCCGGGCGGGGGAGAGGGGCCAGACCUGCGCCAGAGGGAACUGCAGAGAGCCGCAGCUCAGGGGGUAGCUUGCUGUGGGGGAGGGGAGGCAGCCUUUCCGUCUCUCCUUCCUUCUCUGCAGACCCGCGGAUCUCGGGAGCCGGUGCGAGGCGGGCACCCGGUGCGUCCCCGGAGCGGGGAGGCCAGGCCCGGCAGCCCUGGGGCAGGUUGGGGCGGCGUCACUGUACCCUCCGCCAGGCCCUGCGGGAUGCACCGUGGGAGCCGAGGGCGGAGGCGACACUCUCAGGUAAAUUGGCAGGAUGAGGAGCAGCAAAUCAAAAGAGGUGCCUUUACCAAAUACAAGGAACUCUCAAAGCAAGGAUACUGUUCAAGAUAUAACCACAUCGUGGGAUGCACUUUCUCAGACCAAGGCUGCUCUGAGACACAUUGAAAACAAAUUAGAAGUAGCCCCUACAAGUACAGCUGUGUUUGAUUCUGUCAUGGAUACCAAGAAAUCUUCUGCAAGUGCUACCCGAAAAAUAAGUAGAAAAGAUGGUAGAUACCUGGAUGAUUCUUGGGUUAAUGCCCCAACCUCCAAAUCUUCUAAAUCACGAAAAGAGAAAUCUCGUAGUCCUCUCAGAGCUACCACCCUGGAGAGUAAUGUAAAGAGAAAUAAUCGUGUAGAAUUUCGUGAACCUUUGGUUUCUUACAGGGAAAUCCAUGGCGCACCUUCUAAUAUAAGUCCCAGCCAUGUAGAGUCAAAGCAUGCGUAUUGUGUGGAUGUUAAUGAAGAAAAGCCUGAGAGUGGGAACCAGAUGAUAUGCAAUCGAGAAGAACAGAAUAUACGUUGCUGUGAUUUUGAGAGCUCCCAAUCACCUAUCAUCAGUGAUACAGUUGUUAGAUUUUUAAAUGAUCGACCAAUAAUUGAUGCAUUGCAAAAUUCUGAAUGUUUGAUUAAAAUGGCAGCUCCUAUGAGAACUGAGGAAGAAAAGCCCAAUAGAGCAAAAGGAAAUGAGAACAAUUUGAAGGCUUCUGUGAGUAACAUGGGCCGUGAUGUUGAUCCAAAAGUGUUACGGCUAACUGACUCUUCUCCAUCUUCUGCUAGUACUUCUAAUUCCCAAAGAUUAGAUAUCUUAAAGCGACGACAACAUGAUGUCAAACUGGAAAAACUCAAGGAGCGGAUUAGGAAACAGUGGGAACACUCAGAAGAAACAAAUGGCCGGGUCCAGAAUCUGGGUCAUAUUGACCAUCCAGUAAUGGUUGUUAAUGUUGAUAGCUCAGUGACAGCAAAAGUCAGAAAAGUGGCAACAGCACCACCUGCUCCAACAUAUAAAGGCUUCAGUCCUUCCGAGACCAAGAUUCGAACACCCGAUGGGAAAGUAUGGCAGGAGGCUGAGUUUCAAAACAUGAGUAGAGAACUGUAUCGAGACUUAGCACUUCACUUUGCAGAUGAUAUCUCUAUGAAAGAGAAACCUGCUGAAAAAAGUAAAGAGAAGAAAGUGGUUAAGCCAGUACGAAAAGUCCAAAAGGUAACAACACAGUUAUCAAGUCCAGAAUGCAAAACAGGUAGCAGUCGUCUGAUAAGUACGUCUUCUUGGCGAGAUGGACAAAAGUUAGUAAAGAAGAUUCUGGGACCUGCACCCAGAAUGGAGCAAAAAGAGCGAAGAACAGCAUCAAGUGACAGAAGUGGAAGAGAAAGAACUACCAAAUCUGGAGGUCAUAUUGGAAGAGCAGAAUCUGAUCCCAGGUUGGAUGUUUCGCACAGACAUCUUCCACGAAACUCAGAACGUUCGAGAAGUAGAGCUCGGUGUGAAAAUAAUAUAAAGAAAUUAGCUCCAUCUCUUCCAGACAAUAAACAGGAGGAAAAUCCUGCCUUAAAUAAGGACUUUUUACCUGUUGAAAUUCGUGGAAUUCUGGAUGACCUACAGUUGGAUUCUGCAGCUCGGUCUACAAGGCAAGAGACAGGAGAGAUACAGAAUCAGAAGUCAUCAGCACCAGUACAAGCUCCUAGGAGUCAUAGCCCAAUAAAAAGAAAACCUGAUAAAAUAACAGCCAAUGAAGAUCCCCCUAUUAUUUCCAAAAAGCGCCACUAUGACACAGAUGAGGUGCGACAGUACAUUGUUAGACAGCAGGAGGAAAGGAAAAGGAAGCAAAAUGAAGAGAAGAAGGCUCAGAAGGAGGCCACUGAGCAGAAGAACAAACGAUUACAGGAGCUCUACCGGAAACAGAAAGAAGCCUUUACUAAAGUAAAAAAUGUGCCUCCUUCUGAGCCAUCAGCAGCUAAGCGACUGCAGGAAACUUACUCCAAAUUGCUACUAGAAAAGACUUUGCUUGAAGAGCCAACUUAUCAGCAUGUUACGCAGGAAACACAGACCAGACCAGGGUAUCAGCCAUCUGGAGAAUCUGACAAAGAAAACAAAGUGCAGGAGCGUCCCCCAAGUGCAUCUUCCAGUAGCGACAUGUCUCUGUCAGAACCUCCACAGCCUCUUGCAAGAAGGGACUUGAUGGAACCUACAUGGAUGCAGCCUGACAGAUUGAGCCCACGAGUCCGCCAUUCUCAGCCACAGCCUCUUGUUGGAACAGCUGGAAAUUUACUCUCCCAUCUCUUGAGUCUAGAGCAUGUAGGAAUUUUGGAUAAAGAUUUUGAAUCUGUUUUACCAACCAGGAAGAAUCAUAAUAUGGCUUCAGGGCCAUUAACUUUUACACCUCAACCAUAUUUGACCUCACCAGCUGCUCAUCCAGAUGCCUUGUUAAAACCUAGUGCCAGCCAAUAUAAGAGUAAAUUGGAUCGUAUUGAAGCCUUGAAAGCAACAGCUGCUUCUUUGUCCAGCAGGAUUGAAAGUGAAGCGAAGAAAUUAGCUGGGGCUAACAUUAAUUAUGGGUCAGUAUGGAACACUGAGUAUGAUGUGCAGCAAACACCACAAGAAGAUGGACCUUGGACCAAGGCUAUAAGUCCACCUGUGAAAGAGGAUACUGAAGAUGUUUUCUCUGCCCGAAUUCAAAAGAUGCUGGGAACCUGUGUAUCUAAUGCAACUUUUGAUGAUGAUCUUCCUGGUGUAGGUAACCUUAGUGAAUUUAAAAAGCUUCCUGAGAUGAUAAGACCCCAUAGUGCCAUAUCAAGCUUCAGAAGGAGAUCCCCUGGUCCCAAACCAGAAGGGCUGCUGGCACAGUUGUGUCAGAGGCAGACCGACUCUUCUAGCUCUGAUAUGCAAGCUUGUUCUCAAGACAAAGCCAAACUGUCUCUUGGUUCUAGCACAGAUUCAGUGAGUGAGGGGCCUCUUCUUAGUGAAGGGAGUCUGUCUGAAGAAGAGGGAGGCCAAGAUGGACGGCCCUCUUUGAAAGUAGCAGAAAUCUUAAAAGAAAAGGAAUUUUGUGCUGGAGAAAGAAAUACUUAUGAACCCAUCAAAGAAUUUCAGAAGGAAGCUGAAAAAUUCUUGCCACUUUUUGGGCACAUAGGUGGUACACAAAGCAAAGGACCAUGGGAAGAAUUGGCAAAGGGAAGUCCACAUAGUGUCAUUAAUAUUUUUACGAAAUCAUAUCAGUUAUAUGGAAAAGGGUUUGAAGACAGGUUGGAAAGAGGAACAUCAGCUUUGCGGUCUUUGAAUGCCAUUACAACCCCUCUAAGUAGUGUUUCAUAUGAAGAUGAUUUUGUCUCCUCUCCAGGGAGUGGGACUUUGACAGAAAAAAAAUCCUCUCUUGAACUUAAUAUUGGUGGUAGCAAUUUAGGCAUUCAAGAGGACCAUUCUAGCAGGAAGUCUGCCUAUGAUCUUUCCUCUGUGGAUGUUACCUCCCAGCAUUCAUCAGGGGUCCAGUCUGCUACAUCUUCUCGUUCAUCUACUUCUUCUAAAGGAAAGAAAAGAAAAAAGGAAAAGAUAGAAUGGCUGGAUUCACUCACUGGAAAUGUUCAGAACUCACUUCUUGAUGAGGAAAAAGUACACUCUGGCUCAGAACGUGGCGCUCACCAAGGAAAGAAAUCUGGGACCAGUAGCAAACUUUCUGUUAAAGAUUAUGAGCAGGCUCUUGACACGGAUAGCACUUUGGAAGAUCUUUCUGGGCAUUCUGUGAGUGUCUCAUCAGACAAGGGAAGAUCUCAGAAAACUCCAACUUCUCCCCUAUCUCCAAGUUCCCAGAAAUUGACGCAGUUUGACCUUCCAGGAACUUCAUUAGAAAGAUCUAAAUCCUCAGUAAUAAUGCCUCCAACUGUAACAGGAUUUAAGCCUAAUGCAGCUUUUACUGAUGUGAACCUGGCUGCCAGCAGAACAACUACAGAGAUGGCUUCAACACCAGGUUCUAAGCGCUUUUCUCCUGCUGGCCUCCAGCAUCGUAUGAUAGCAGAACUCGAUUACUUGAGUGCCAUUGAGGAGUCGGUACGCCAACUAUCGGAUGUAGAAAGAGUUAGAGGCAUUUCGCUUGCUCAGCAGGAGAGUGUGUCUCUGGCUCAGAUCAUAAAGGCACAGCAGCAACGCCAUGAAAGAGACUUGGCCCUUUUGAAAUUGAAGGCUGAACAAGAGGCUCUGGAGUGUCAGAGACAAUUAGAAGAAACCCGAAACAAAGCAGCUCAGGUCCAUGUGGAAUCGUUACAGCAGGUGGUUAAAUCACAACGGGAUGUAACUGAAGUCCUGCAGGAAGCAACUUGUAAAAUAGCUGCUCAGCAAACAGAGGCUGCUCGCCUCACCACAGAUGCAGCACGCCAAAUCUGUGAGAUGGCAGAGUUGACUCGAACUCAUAUGUCAGAUGCCAUCACUGCUUCAGGAGCUCCACUAGCAAUGCUCUAUGACCACCAGCGGCUACACACUUCAGACUUCGUGAAACAACUGAAGACCAGAGCUGAAACAGAUAGGAAAAGUCAAUCUGUUUCACUCUCUCAGAGUAAAGAAGAGACCCUUGACGCAAAGCAUCAGAAGUAUUCCCCUUCAUAUGAUAGUUAUUCUGAGUCUUCAAGAUACAAGAAUCACGAUAGAAGAAGUAGUAGUGGUAGCAGCUGUCAAGAAAGUCCUUCAGUUCCAUCUUCUAAGGAAAAUGAGAAGAAACUUCAUGGUGAAAAGUUGGAGAGUUCUAUUGAUGAACAGGUUCAGACUGCUGCGGAUGAUUCUCUGCGAAGUGAUAGCAUACCGUCUCUUCCUGAUGAGAAAGAUUCAACUUCUAUUGCAACAGAAUAUUCCCUGAAAUUUGAUGAAUCCAUGACAGAAGAUGAAAUAGAAGAAAAAUCAUUUCGAUCUUUACUACCUUCUGAGAGUCAUCGCAGAUUUAACAUGGAAAAGAAAAGAGGCCAUCAUGAUGACUCUGAUGAAGAAACUUCCCCAGAAAAGACUACACUGUCUUCUGCCAAGGAGCUGAGUAUGCCAUUCUCAGGAGGACAAGAUAGCUUUUCUAAAUUUACUAUGGAAAUGGUUCGACAGUAUAUGAAAGAAGAGGAAAUGAGGGCAGCUCACCAGUCUUCACUCCUGCGUCUUCGUGAAAAGGCCUUGAAGGAGAAAACUAAGGCUGAAUUAGCCUGGCUAGAGCAUCAGAAAAAACAUCUACGAGACAAAGGAGAAGAUGACAAAAUGCCCCCACUCCGGAAGAAACAACGUGGUUUGCUCUUAAGGUUGCAGCAAGAAAAGGCAGAAAUUAAACGUCUUCAGGAAGCCAAUAAGGCGGCUCGGAAGGAAAGACAACUGAUUCUUAAACAGCAGGAGGAGAUAGAAAGGAUCCGACAGACCACCAUAAAACUACAGGAGAAGUUAAAGUCUGCAGGGGAGAAUAAAUUGGACUCUCAUAGUGAUGGUGGUACAAAGGAUAAUAAGGCAACCAGUCCUGGUCCAACUGACUUGGAGACCCGCAGUCCUUCCCCCAUUUCAAUCUCCAGCAGUGAAACUAGCAGCAUUAUGCAGAAACUGAAGAAAAUGAGAAGCCGCAUGGAUGAAAAACACUGCUCUCCUGUUCACUACUUCUUCUCUGUCUUUACGUCUCAUCACUGGGCCUCUCUCAGUGUCUGUUUUCCCAACCUUCAUCCCAAAUUCCAGCUGUAUAUCUACAACCAGUUGGUCAGGUUUCUGACAAAGCGAGAGCAAAAACUAAUGCAACGGCGACAACACGCAGAGGAGCUACUAGAGUGGAAGCGACGUUUAGAUGCAGAGGAAGCAGAAAUUCGUCAAAUGGAAAAACAAGCUUUGGCUGCUUGGGACAAAGAAUUAAUAAAACCUAAAACUCCUAAGAAAGAACUGGAGGACCAGAGAACAGAACAGAAAGAAAUAGCGAGUGAAGCAGAAUCUCCAGUACCUUCCUACUCUCAUCUACACAGUGAAAGCUCUGUUCCAGAAGAAUUGGGCAGUCCUGCUGUUGAAUAUAUACCAUCUGAGUCUUUAGUUCAGGAGCAGCCAGGGAGUUCAGAUCACAGUAUACUUACUGAAGAAAUGGUUUUUUCACAAGAACUGGAAUCUUCUACCUCUCCUAGUAAACAUUCACCUCCCAAAAGCUGCACAUCUUUGUCAAAGCAGGAGUCCAGCAAAGGAGGUCAGAGGACUGGAGGGCAGUGUCGUCUACCUGUCAAGUCCCAUCAGAACUGUUAUAGUUGGUCAGACGAGUCAUUAUCUAUGACACAGUCAGAAACUACGUCUGACCAGAGUGACAUUGAAGGUAGAAUCAGAGCCCUGAAGGAUGAGUUGCGGAAAAGAAAAUCAGUUGUGGACCAGUUGAAGAAGGAACAGAAGAAAAGGCAAAAGGAAAGACUGAAAGCCCAAGAAGCCAGUCUGAUCAAACAGUUAGAGACAUAUGAUGAAUUCAUUAAGAAAACUGAAGCCGAGCUUAGCCGAGAUUUGGAAACAUCACCAACAGCCAAGCCUCAGAUUAAAACACUCUCCUCAGCUUCUGAAAAACCCAAGAUCAAGCCCCUUCCACUACACAGAUCUGAAACAGCAAAGAAUUGGAAAUCACUAACAGAGUCAGAACGUUCCAGAGGAUCCUUGGAGUCUAUUGCUGAACAUGGUGAUGCUUCACUGGGAGGUUCUGAGAGAUCAAUAUCAGAAAGGUCUUUAUCUGCAUAUGCAAAGAGAGUGGUUGAAUUGGACAGUCGAACAGAAGAACAUUUUCAGACUUCAUCUCCAAUUCUCAGAUCAUCAAGGAAAACCAGAGCAGAAUCUGGAGAUUCUCUAGAAAAUGUACCUUCAUUACCUCUCCUCAAAGAAUUAAAUGCCCCUAAUAGAAUUCUGGAUGUGUUAGAUGCCAAAGUUAAAGAAGAAUCUAGUGAAAAAUCAGAAAUACAAGAAGUAGAAUAUACAAAAUUGGAGCCGAGAGUGAUUGAAGAUGCCUAUUCUAAACAAUCUGGGAAGUCUGAUGUCUUACUGAAACUAGACCUGGAACAGGGAGAUUCAUGUGAAAUUCUUUCAAGGAAAGAUCUUCCUUUAGAUUCCGUAAAUGAUCAGAAAGACAUAGUUAGAUUAGCCAUUGAAAGUCUUCAUAAAAAAGAGUUGAGAGAGAGAGAGUCGGAUCAAGAUAUGGAUCACAGUCCAAACAUCCAAUCAGAAAAAGACAUUCAUCAACACAAGAACAUAAAGGAAAGGGACUCAUUUUUGUCAGAACAUCUGUUUGCUCCUGAAGAGAGAUCAUACUCUGAAGAUUUUGAAGUGUCUUCUUUCAAGAAAGACAUUUCAGCAGAAUUGUACAAAGAUGACUUUGAGGUAUCAUCUUUGUUGUCACUCAGGAAAGACUCUCAGUCUUGCAGAGAUAAGUCACAGCCAACUAGGAGCUCUAGAAGUAGAGCCACUAGCUUUGGUAGUGAUGAUGAAAUCAGUGAGUGCCUCAGUGACAAAAGCCUUUCUAUUCAUAGCAGUGUCCACUCUGAAAGGCUGUUAGAACUCAAGUCCCCUACUGAGCUUAUGAAAAGUAAGGAGCGCAGUGAUGUAGAACAUGAACUGGGAGUAGCUGAAUCCCCUUCCUUGGCUUCAGUUUCUGUUGCAGAUGAAUUACUUGAUUUCCACAUUGGUGAUAGGGUAUUAAUUGGCAAUGUUCAGCCAGGAACUCUUCGAUUCAAAGGUGUGACUAGUUUUGCUAAAGGAUUUUGGGCUGGAGUGGAGUUGGAUAAACCUGAAGGAAAUAACAAUGGAACAUAUGAUGGCAUUGUAUACUUUGUGUGCAAAGAGAAGCAUGGUAUUUUUGCUCCUCCUCAAAAAAUAUCUCACAUUCCAGAAAACUUUGAUGACUAUAUAGACAUAAAUGAAGAUGAAGACUCUUACUCAGAUGAACAAUAUCAAUACUAUAAUCAAGAACAAAAAGAUACAGACGGUUCCAAGUUUGAUAGAGAAAAGGAUGCAGUUGAAUAUUUUCAUGAGAAAUCUCUACCUAGUAUGCACGAUACAGAAGCCUCAGUUGAUAGAAGCCUUAAAAUAGAAACAGGCAAUAUACAGGAUAUUUCUGGAGUACUUGAAGCCCAUGUUCACCAGCAGUCUUCAGUGGAUUUACUGAUUUCUUCAAAGGAAAACAAAGACCUUGUCUCUGGUGCCACAGGAAAGGUUUCCAUUGCUGUAGAAGACGAUACUUUGUUAGACAAUACCUUUUCUGAAGAAUUGAAGAAGCAACAGCAGUUUACAGAAAAAGAAGAGAACCUAUAUCCUGAGGUUUCUGAAAAGCUCUCUACCCCACUUCUGGACCUUUUAGCAAGAGAAAGGAACCAAUUGGAAGCCCAACUGAGGUCAUCACUAAGUGAGGAAAACAAGUCAAAGCAACACCUAGAAACAGUCAGCUUACUGACAGACAGUUUACUAAAAGUCUUUGUGAAGGACACAGUCAAUCAACUACAACAAAUCAAAAAAGCUAGGAAUGAGAAAAUCCAGCUUAGCAAUCAAGAGCUUCUUGACGAUGAUCAAAAGAAAGUACCACUCCAAAGCCUAUCCCAAAAUCUUGAGGAACAAUCACCAAGUGUUCCAGGUUGCUUCUUAAGGUCCGAAUUGGAAGAUGAAAAAGAAGAGAUAUCCUCACCAGAUAUGUGUCCCAGACCUGAGAGUCCAGUAUUUGGUGCCAGUGGGCAGGAAGAGCUUGCUAAGAGACUUGCUGAACUUGAGAUCAGCCGCGAGUUCCUGAGCGUGUUAGGAGAUGAUCAAGACUGGUUUGAUGAAGACUUUGGUUUGAGCUCUUCUCACAAGAUCCAAAAAAAUAAGGCAGAAGAAACAAUUGUACAUCUAAUGGCAGAACCUAAAAGAGUUCCCCCAAAACCGUGUGAAACGUUAUUGGCAGUCCCACAUACUGCAGAGGAAGUAGAAAUUCUUGUGCAUAAUGCAGCAGAAGAACUUUGGAAAUGGAAAGAAUUAGGUCAUGAUCUUCAUAGCGUCAGUAUUCCUACUAAACUGCUUGGCUGUGCCAGUAAGGGUCUAGAUAUAGAAAGCACUAGUAAAAGAGUCUACAAACAGGCGGUUUUUGAUUUAACAAAAGAGAUUUUUGAGGAAAUAUUUGCCGAGGAUCCCAACUUGAAUCAACCUGUCUGGAUGAAGCCAUGUAGAAUCAACUCUAGUUAUUUCCGAAGAGUGAAAAAUCCAAAUAACCUUGAUGAAAUCAAGAACUUCAUAGCAACUGAAGUACUCAAGUUGUUCAGUCUUAAAAAGGAGCCAAACCAUAAAACAGAUUGGCAGAAAAUGAUGAAAUUUGGAAGAAAGAAAAGAGACCGAGUGGAUCAUAUCCUGGUACAGGAGCUCCAUGAAGAGGAGGCACAGUGGGUGAACUAUGAUGAGGAUGAGUUGUGUGUGAAGAUGCAGCUAGCUGAUGGGAUCUUUGAGAGCUUGAUCAGAGAUACUAUUGAUGUUCUGAAUCAGAUCAGUGAAAAACAGGGGAGAAUGCUACUUGUGUGACAUCUUGCAAAUAAAUCGAACACUGAGUGCUAA